CUGCGAUUGGACAGCCGGCCCGCCACUGACUUUUAUUGUCCGCUUGCCUGUUGCCUCCGUUUCUUAGUUUGAACCGAACUGGCUGAGAGCAGAACGCCAUGCCCAAGCAGAUCACCGGAGCAGCCGAGCUGCACUCUUGCUGAUCGUCCUCGUCCGCAAUCGAAACCGAACUCGUGCGGGAUGCCGUCGGCGGGGCUGGAGAUCGUGGGGAUGGGACUGUGUGUCCUGGGUUGGCUGGGUGUCAUGCUGGCCUGCGGACUGCCCAUGUGGAAAGUGUCGGCUUUUAUCGAGAGUAACAUCGUGGUGGCUCAGACGGUCUGGGAAGGUCUAUGGAUGAACUGCGUGGUUCAGAGCACCGGGCAGAUGCAGUGCAAAGUCUACAACUCCCUUCUGUCGCUGGGACAGGACCAGCAGGCAGCCCGGGCGCUGACUGUCAUCGCUUCCAUCCUGGGUCUCAUCGGGCUCCUCGUCACCAUUCUCGGAGCUCAGUGCACCAACUGCACCGAGGGGGUGAGCACUAAGGCCCGGAUCGUCAUCAGCGGAGGUAUCAUCUUCAUCCUGUCUGGUUUACUUGCCCUCAUCCCCGUGUGCUGGAUGGCGAACACCAUCGUCCGCGACUUCUACGACCCCAUCGUUCCCGUGUCCAAGAAGAGGGAGAUGGGGGCGGCGCUGUACGUCGGCUGGUCGGCCAGCGCACUCCUCUUCAUCGGGGGCUCCCUCCUGUGCUGUUCCUGCCCCCCGAAGCAAGACCAGUCUUCCUUCGCUGUCAAGUACACGGCCCCGAGGAGAGCUUCGGCCAACGGGGACUACGACAAGAGGAAUUACGUGUGACCGGGUCUCCCUGGCAUUCCGGGGAGACCAGAAUCGGGCACAGGGGAACCUGACCUCCCGCCAGCUUUCUGUUCUGCUUAUUCAAAGCAUUCCUAUUUUUAUUUAAAGGAGUCGUAUUGUAAUCGGAAACAGGAGUGCUCGUUGUGUAUCUAAAGCAGUUUGACAGCUUUGAGUUAACUGGUCGAGAACUGGAGGCGCGCUCCGAGAGUGACUUCUCAAGUGAUUUUGAAGAAACUUUUGAACAAUCAUUCGGACAUUGAUCGAAUGUGUUUGCAGUGAACAUUUUUGUGAGCGUAGAAGUCUUUGUGAAAGUGCGGGGAACUCUUCCGUCUCUCGGUCUCACGUCCAGGCUUUAUCUGUAGUGGCUCUGCCAGAUAUUGGUAGGCGGUCAGUUUAGACUGAGCCUUGUAGAAUUAAUUAGAACAUUUGUUUCAUUAAAAAAUUUGGUGGGACAUAACAAUGCUUUUACUCCGCGUUACCAGUCAGAAGUAACCCAGCGCGUACUCACAGCUUUAGCCCAAAUCUCUUUUCCGCUUCUUUCGUUAAGUAUAGAUUAAUGCAGAAAUUAAUGACGCGUUAACUAUUCUCCGGCUCUGCCUCAUGUUCGUAGUUUAAUGAGAAUAAAGUUAGUGCGUUUGGUGCAGUGGGCUUUAUGAAUGAGAUUUGGAUCCCGGCAGAGAGUCACGAUCUGCUUUGCUGUGGCUAUUUGUUGUCACAUUUGUUCGGUUAAAAUUCUUCAUGGCGAUUUGAGUCCGCGACGAAUUGCCCCGUAGUUCGCCACACUGAUUUGAGAUUCAGCUUCUCCAAAAUAGGCGCUGGUCGCUUCGACCUAUGUUGCCUUCGAAAAAAAGGGCGGACUCCCUCUUCAGAGCUCUGUGUUUCACUCCCUUCCAUUGUGAAUUUAAAAGUGGGCAACUCUCGUUAGAAAUUUGGCGCCUGGAAUGGGCAACUGUCUCCGGAAUCGUAAUGGCGGAAAAUAAUGACACGGGGAAUGGAGCAGGGAUAUUAGUCGCAGAGGCAAUUACCAAGACAGUAUUAACGAAGAUAGUAUUAAUGCAGUUAACGUUGACGCGAGCCGUAUUAAUGCAUUUGGGUAGAAAUGCAGUUGGGAGGGUGCAGAGAGAAUAUUCAGAAUACGCUGUUGCGUUUGGAGAAUGGGGGAGAGUUAUUGAAGCAGAUGCAGUGAAGGAAGGGACCGCAAUUAUGGAAAUCAAAUGGACUGCUUCCCUUCGUAAGGGAUUUGCAGAGUUGUUCAGCAUCUUCCGUUUCCAAGUUAGGGAUCCCAUCUGGGUCGUGAGGAUGAGUGUGAUGGGACAGAACCGAUAAGGUGAAUAUUGGUAGUUAGAUUAAUAAUCUAGGUAGAAUCUUUUUUUUUACAUCGAUUUGCCAAAGGCUUCAGACAGACCCAGAGUCCGGUUUAGAUAACGUCGACCCUAGAUAAUGUUCUCUGUAGUGGUGGCGAAACAUCUAAAUUGUUUCUGUGACUUGGUGGUGAGAACUCUCCCCCAAAAAACCGUUCUCAUGACUCUCUUGGCUCACCCUCCCCCCCCCCCCAAGCAUUUCGCCUUUUCUCUUUUGAAUGUGAUGGUAAUAAAUGCAAAAUGUGGGCAAUCACGUGACUAACAGCGAGAUUGCUAGUGAGAGGACGUCCUGUUGCCCUGGUUACUGGAGAUGCUGCCGGUAUCCAGGAAACCAGCCAUUCUUUAUUGGGCCCCAUCCAGUCUGAGCCCUUCAGCGCUCAAAGCCUCGCGUCACCCUCAGGAACCCAGCCCCGCAGCGCACAAAGCCUUGGCAACGUGCAGCCUCCUGCCUUGCAUUUCCAAGAGAAAGGGAAUCGAUGUUGCAGACAGAAACAGUUCUAAUUUAUACUCAGCACUGAUAACUUGGGCAAAGUUACCAGGGAAAUCAGAUUAGGCACCCUUAUUCAGUCAGGGUGGACAGUCGCAAUGUCCAGUACACUUACCUCGGUUAGAAACACCCGCAUCAGCAGCGCCGGCAUGUGGUUUUCAUAUUUCACAGGCUGUGUCAGUAUUCCUCUCCGAAGUUCACAACCCCAUGGAAACGGGAGCAGGAAUAGACCCCUUGGCCCCUUGUGUCUACCCUGCCAUUUAAUAUGACAUUGGCGACCCGCCCAGAACUGAUCUCCUCCUCUGGCCGGGCCAGAUCUCCAGCCAUCAAUUCCUGGUCUCGCAAGCUCCCAGCCUUAUGUACCCUAACUUGACGGGAACACCCAUCCAACACAACAACAUGGAACAGGAUUAAAUUAAUCCGUUAACUGCCCCCCAACGGAGACCGCUAAAUUACCCCACGUUAUGUUGUUGCUUUGUCUGCCAUUGACACAAAACUGCCAAUUAAGGGAUAUUUGAGUAUGAAGAAACACAAAUGAGUUUAGACCCCCAAAGACCACCAGACUCGCCAGUUCCCUCCCACCUUGCGUACUGUAUUGCCCAGUUCAUUUAGUUUACCGGUCGGCAAGCAUUCAACAGGAAAUGCGCCCGCUAUCCGCAAGAACAACCUCGCAAAACUCCCGGUUGGCCAGAUAAUUUUGGACAGGAGCCUGGACUGGUUUUUCAGAACUCGACUGCCAUUUUGAGUGCGAGUAUGGUCUUCCCUUUAAAAGAUGGAGCCGUUCCAGGAUCCACGCACCAACACAAAACUGUGUCUUUUUUCCAAAUGGGGAGAAGCUAUAACAGUGAGCCUCCAUGGGGCAAAACUUUCGAUAAGAAUCUGUGCUUCUGUGCUUUCGUAAUGAGUAUGGGAAACGGGCUAUAAACACCCUUCCCACCCCAUAACCCCAACCAAAGAAUGUCCUUUAUUCAGGUCCUACGGAUGUCGCUUUAAAGAUAGGGUUCCAACUUUGUACAGAACGGUGUGACUGUUUAUGCAUUUCGUUACAUGAACUUGCACGCGUGAAGCGCAUCGCAGUAUUUAACGAACCCCAAUAAUUAAUAAGAAACAGGCUGUCUGUAGCGAAUGGUCAGUAACCACAAUGCUCUGUACUUUUACUAAUGGAAAUUGAUUUUAAACAUGUUCGAUGUUUUCGAUGCUAUUGUAAAUCAUCUCACAUUUUUUCGAAAUAUUGAAAUAUUGAAGAAAUAUUUCUUAGCCUCCUUGGCUAAUUUGUUGACCUCGACUAAUCGAGCCAUCACUUGUGGCCUUGGUUUAGAAAUGGAACGAUAAACUGAAGGGGUUGUUACAUGGUUAACUUAGUUAUGACUCCGCCGACUGGACAUUUGGUGAAGGGAUUAUAUGCUCUGUCCGACGCCAGUAAUUUCUGUUCAUUCAGUGUUCAACUUGCAAAUAACCUAUGCACGGUUUCUGUGGAGGAUGGUAGAUAUUCGCUCCCUGCACCACAUAAAAUACCUUGUACACAAA